AUGACUUUCGGAAUCCUUGACGAUAACAAGCUUGAGAAAGUUCCCGGGACUGGGCUACUCUCCGACCAGGGGAUCGUUCACGGGCAUGAAGUUGCAAUCGACGAAGCGAAGGACUUGAAGCGCGGUGUCGGAAAGUACGCACACGUUGUGCUCAUACCGCAGCCGUCUGAUGAUCCUCGCGACCCUUUGAAUUGGCCGACGUGGAAGAAAGAAGCGUGUUUCUGGACCCUGGCUUUCGCCGCAAGUCUAGACGGCGCACUAUCCCCUAUGGUCGGCCCCGGCUACACCUUGCUAGCGAAGCAAUUUGACGUCUCGGUCGAUGAUGUCACCUCGUCUUUCGGCUUCAUCCUUCUUGGACUCGGAACGUUCAUGCUCGUGCAGAAUGCUUUGGCGGUCAAAUUCGGCCAUCGUAUCGUCUACCUCCUCUCUCUUUCCUUGAUGUUCAUAUCUUGCAUUUGGUGCGCUUUGAGCCCGAAUCUGGCCUCGAUACGGGCUUCGCGCGUUUUCCAAGGCUUUGGUAUGUCUGCCCUACAAACCCUUGUUGCUUCGACUAUUGAGCAAAUCUACUGCGUCCAUGAGCGAGGUUCGCGCUCGGUGAUUUGGAGUUUUUCCAUCAUGGCAGGCAUUACGCUAGGACCCCUCAUCUGCAGCUAUGUGAUCCAAAACAUCUCUUGGGAGUUCGGCUUCUGGUUCGUCAGCAUUCCGCUUGGGUUGAAUACCCUUGCUGUCUUCUUUUUUGUUCCUGAGUCAACGUUCGAUCGCAAUACCGCUAAGCAAUCGCGAGACGAGGAUUCGGCCAGUUCGGAGAAGCCUUUCUCAGAUGCAGAAAUAGAGAGCGUGGGCCGUUCCUCGGCCGCUCCGCCUCCGGUGCCGAGCUAUAUGUCUUCGCUAAAGAUCUGGAGCGGAACCUAUACGGAUGAAAGUAUAUGGAGGUUAUCUCUUAGGCCAUUCCCGUUCCUCCUGUCACCGGUGACAUGGUUUCUUUUCCUGACACAGGGGCUGCAGACCGUGUGGCUGAGUCUCGUUCCCCUUUGUUCGUCGACUAUCUUCACUUUGGAGUACAAUUUCAACGCCACCCAAACUGGCCUGACGAACUUGGGCGGCUUGGUCGGCAUCGUCCUCGCUAUGGCCGUCACCGGUCCACUGAACGACUGGGGCAUCGUUUGGCUGUCCAAGCGGAACCGCGGUGUUUACGAACCCGAGUUUCGUUUAGUGUUCAUGUCAAGCAUGCUCUGCGGCGUAUUUGGCUACGUCGGAUGGGCUGUUGGUAACGACCACCACAUGCCUUGGAUCGGAGCAGUUGCUUGUAUAACGAUGUUGAACUUCAGCAUCGUCGUCUCCGGCUCGGCUUCGGUGACUUACCUCCUCGACACGCAUCGUGCAAACGCGCUUCACGUCUUCGCACUAAGCAACUUCGGGAAGAACAUGGUUCUCUAUGCUUCAACCUUCUUCGCGAACGGCAUCAUCCUCUCACGUGGCGUCAAGGUUUCCCUGCUGAUACUUGGGGCGUGCCAGGCCGCUUGCUGGGCCGCGUCCGUCCCAAUGUACAUUUACGGGAAACGCGUCAGGUCGUUCAUUGCCCGGCAUCCUCAGUUGUUCCAAGGAGAUCUUCCUGCAUCCGAUUUGGUGUCGAAGGAGACGUCGAAAGCGCCAUAGCCGCCCCUGACUGCGCAGCACAAGUAUCUACCUGUCUCAUUCGAGAGUUCAUCGAAGUUAAGCCCUUGUACACCUGGGACUCUGCGUUCCUGCACGAUACACGCUCAAGUACGGCUUCCGCUGGUUGUAUUCAAGUUCUGCUAUCGUGGGUUUUCUUAGAAGACAGCGCGGCUCAUGGGAGGCACGCUAUGCCGAUAACGUCGCAUGUUUCCCCAGCAUAUCAUUUCUGGGAGUGCUCCCAUGAUUACUUGCAUGAGAGAAGCUUGCUUAUUCCUACCUCGCCUCGGUGGCACAAGGGAUCACUUGACGUCCCCAGUGCUUCUCGCGCCCCUAUAGCUCCACGACCAAUCAAGCCUUCAAACAAGGCUGGCCAAC